AUGGCUGAAGUCCACGGUAAUUGCGACCCCGCAUUCGAAUCAGUUCGUGAGCUUCUCCAGCAGCGACUUGCCAGUGGAGACGAAAUUGGCGCAUCCCUUUGCAUCAACAUCGACGGAAAGAAUGUCGUUGACAUAUGGGGUGGCCACGCUGACGAAACCAAAACUCGACCCUGGGAUGAAGAUACUAUCACCGUGAUAUGGUCUUCCUCCAAGGUCAUCACCAACCUUGCUGCCAAUGUCCUUAUUGAUCGCGGUUUGCUCAACGCCAAUGAGAAAGUUGCCACGUACUGGCCAGAGUUCGCAGCCAACGGCAAGGAGGAUGUCAAAGUCUCGCAUAUCCUAAGCCACACUUCUGGAGUCUCAGCCUGGGCCCCUGGAAUCACCCUGGAGGAGAUUCUGGAUAUCGAGGGGGCAACAGCAAAACUUGCGGAGAUGGCCCCCUUGUGGACACCGGGUGAACUCAACGGGUACCAUCUGCUUUCUCAAGGCCAUUUAGUCGGCGAGAUUGUGCGGCGUGUCAGCGGCAAGUCUUUGAACCAAUUCAUUGUCGACGAGAUAGCGGGCCCCUUGGGCGCGGACUAUCGUCUUGGCUUGCCAAAGGAAUUCAUCGCUGCGAGAUCAUACGCAGGGACACCUAUGAGUCCCUCGUUCCCCACGGCUCCCAACACUGCAGCCUUUAGAGAAAAUGGGAUUGGAGGCAUAGGUGGCUUCUCCAAUGCCCGCGCUUUAGCUCGCAUUGGCUCCAUGGUUUCUCUCAAUGGCACCGUCGAUGGAAAGCAAUAUCUGUCUCCCAAGACCAUUGAUGACAUGCUCCAGGAGCAAGUUGCCGGAGUCGAUGCAGUCUUGUUUCACUACUUCCGCUUCGGUCUUGGUGUUGCUCUGCCUUCGCCGCAAAGUUUGCCCUGGAUCCCAGAGGGUCGUAUCGGCUUUUGGGGUGGUUGGGGUGGUUCUUUUAUUUUGAUGGAUCUGGAUCGCCGGAUGACUAUUGGGUAUGUGAUGAACAAGAUGCAUGAAGUUAUCAUUGGUAAUGAAAGAACCACCCACGACUAUGUCAGAGAGAUAUACAAAGUGGUCGACCAACUGAAAUAG